AUGUCCUCUAACAACAAAGUUAGGGAUCCUACUUCCCUUCUUAACAUCCAACAUGACUACCUUUUAUCUCAAAUAAAGCAGGCCCAAGUUCCAGGCCAAUUAUACAACUUGAUUAUUGACAGCACCACUGAAUCCAUCUUGUAUCGUGUGAUUACUAAGGAACAACUUCUCCGGAUUGUCACCUCCAUUGAGAAAAUAGACGAACGGAGAAAGAAUGCCGGUAAGUUCAUUAAUGCUAUUUAUUUUGUCGAUAUCGACAUCUACAACAUCAACUGUAUGAUGGCCGAUGCCGAAACCAACCGGUUCAAAUCGGGAGUAGGUUUGUUCUUGCCGUUACUGUCGCAUCUGCUGGAAACCGGCCAUUACUUCAACAGCCGGUUCCUUCAAAACCCCAAGGUCACCGCUUAUUUCAACCAGGGAGCAUCAAUCAACUAUAUCAAUGCUAACAUGUAUCCUAUGGAAUCAAGAGUGUUUUUAACCGACAACAGAACCCCUAAUUCAAUGCCAAUUUAUUUCAACGAGAAUUGUUCGGAAUUUGUCAAACUUCAAAUUGAAAAAGCUGCCAAGUCGUUAGUGAGUUUGAUGGUCUUGACUGGGGAGUACCCAUUAGUGAGAUAUUACAGUCCUCAAGGCACAUCCCACCAAGCUCAACCAUUAUGUGAACUAUUAGCUUGUGAAUUCCAAAAUCAAAUCGACGAGUUUGCUAGAUUAAACCAAGAUUACCCACCUGCCUCAGUUGCCGACAAACCAAGAUCUAUUUUAUUGAUCUGUGAUCGUACAUUAGAUCUUUUUGCUCCGUUGUUGCAUGAAUUCACAUAUCAAGCCAUGGCCAUGGACAUUGUCCCUAAUUUAGAAAGAACCGGUGUUUACAAGUACCAAGUUGAAACUGAAUCCGGGGAAACCAAGGAAGCUGAAGCAACACUAGACGAUGAAAAGGAUGAAGACUGGGUCAAUUUAAGACAUACCCAUAUCAUUGAGGCUUCUGAAUUGAUUAUCGCUCGUAUUAACGAUUUGAUCAAAAAUAAUCCGUUAAUGGUUGAUAGAUCCAAAGCCUCCACUUCAUCCGAUUUAAUGUACAUUGUUGCCCAUUUGAAAGGAUUUGAUGAAGAAAGAAAGAACUUGACAUUACACAAGACUUUAAUUGAUGAAUGCCUUGAUAUCAAUAGUCUGAGAAAAUUGGCUGAAUUUGCAGCUGAUUUCGAACAAACUUGUUGUGCCGAUGGUGUCACAUUUGAAGGCGAAAGAAACAAAACCUUGCAUGACGACUUAAUUGUCUUGUUGGCAAGAGAAGAUUUACAUAUCAAUGACAAAAUCAGAUUAGUUUUAAUGUAUGCAUUCUACCGUGGGGGAUUACUGGAACUGGAUUUCAAAAAAUUGGCAAAAUUCAUUGGUGUUAAUGAUCGAGAAAUUGUGGGAUUAAUCUCAAGAUGCUUCAACAAUUUGCAUAAAUUAGGGUUCCCCAUUGUGAAGGCAAGCGCCAAGGAUAAACCAGUAGUUAAAACUACAUUCCACACCAUUAACAACGAAGGAACCUACAACACUUCUAGAUUUGGCCCUGCUAUAAAGCAAGUGUUAACCAAUGCAUCCAGAUAUCAUUUGGAUGAAGAGUGGUUCCCUUAUUUCCGAGACAAACCACUACAAGAUGAUUUACCUGCAUCUGCUCGACCAACAUCCAAUUCUCGGGUCAACCAACUAAAUAAUGGAACUGGAUCAUUAAGAAACCCCAGAAUCAAGGCAUCCUGGGCCUCAAGUUCUUCACUAAGACAUACGGGAUCUACAACCAGUUCCAUCCACAAUCCUUUAAAUCAAAAGAUUUUCUGUUAUGUUGCUGGUGGGAUCACGUACAAUGAAAUGAGAUCAAUCUACGAGUUAUCCCAUAGUUUGAAUAAAGAGUUUUACAUUGGUUCAGAAUCGAUCUUGAAACCAAGGGAUUUCCUUAUCGGAUUACAAUGCAUUGACAAGGCCAAAUCCAUUAAAGAUUUGGAUUUAAGUAUUGCUCGGGAAAUGAACAAGCCCCAAGAAUGUCCUUCUCAUCUUUAUGAGACAAUUGCAUCUCCACCACCUCCUCGUACUGUUUCCACUCCACAGAAUCAAGUACAAGAAAAGAUGAACAGAUUUGAACAACAAGUUCAACAACAACAGCAAUCUUUCGAAAGUCAGCAUGCGUCAUCUACUCUGCAUUAUAAGAAACGGUUAUCUCUUAGUCCAAACUUAAGUGGAGACUCCAAAUUUAAGGAAAAGGAAAAGAAAACCUCAAGAUUAAAAAAGUUGUUCAAAUAG